UGAAGUCGUCACACUUGCACCACUUCGAGCUGCCUGCUCGGGCAAGUGGACCUUGUUUGUUGCGUAACAGACGGGAUCGGAGGUUCUGCGGGGUCGCUUCUGACGGAGAGAGGGGGUGAGAUGGAGGAGUGUUGAGGGGCGGACGUCUCCUCAGAACGUCUCCUCGUGUCCACUCUAUCGGAGCUGUAUCCUGCGGCUGCGACUCUUUGCUUGUGGCUGUCUUUCUCAACACGGGAGUGGAGGACAGAAACACAUCCAGUGUACGAGCGGAACCUCGCGGAAUUGAAGGAGCAGAGUGAGAUGAUGAUGUAACACCUGGAGGCAAGAUGAUGGAUCGCAGCUUCCUGUUUCUGUUAACCUUCGUCAUUGCCUCGAUUUUUCCUUCGGACGCCCAGGUUGUCAUAGGCGUCUCAUCGUCUUUCACUCCUCCGGGCCAUCCUGAUGUUUCGUCACCUGAACCAACUAAGCAGGUCACCCGGUUUCGUCCGUCCCUGCUUCCCAGGACUCGCAGUGAUGUUCCGAUCAGAUCUACAAGCAGGGAUCAGCUGACUCUGUCAAAUUCUGGGCUUCAAGGACAGACAAAGGAUGAAGAUGAAGCAGAGGCGACGGUGCAGUCGGUCGUCUCUGCGCAGACUCUCAUCAGUGAGGAUCAGACCGGGUCCAUGACUGAUACAGCGAUUCUGGCAGUCAGUGAGAGUGUUUCAACCAGGGACAUGACUACAAAAGGCGCUGCAGCUCGGGUGCCAACUUCACCCUCCACUGUGUCAUCAAAACAGGCUGUUGUUGAACCAGUGACAGUCAGCAUUGUGCAGAGGGGGGCAGUUAAAGAGACAGAGCGGAGUGAUUAUCAAGGUUUGGGAUCAGGAAGUGCUCCAACUUCAAUGUUCAUCAAGGAGCACUCCACCUCCUAUCCUCACACCACGGAGAGUGCGCUAGCUCAGUAUAGACCGCAGACAGAAAUCUCGGACAGUUCAUCAUCUGGAACAUCGACAAUUGAUAGUCAGACUCCCGAUUUUUCAGCUUCAUUGUCAGAGGCUGCAAAAACCUAUUCAACCCCGACAUCAUUGUCAACUCAGGCUUCAGCUCAGAGUGGUAUAUUAACAGUUCACCAGCCAACAAAUACACCGUCCACUGUAGGCACGACUGUCAUUCAGAGCUCAGCUGCUGUGACUUCACUCCAUAUCACUACCACCACAGUGGGAACCUCUGCAAAACAGAAAGGGACUGGACGCCCAAUAUCCAGGGGACCGAAGACCAGUGUGGCUAGUUCGACAGCAGGUCCUGGGAGAUCAGCAAAUCAACUCAACGGCAGCACAACCACGCAGCUUCCACGGAGGGCUUCGUCCUUGGAAAAGACCAGUGUCGUUCCGGCCACCAGAAUGCUGUCCAGCCCAGCCUCUCAGGAUAAGAUUCAAAGGAAUCGGUCGGUUCUCCUCAGUCCCUCAGAACCAGCGCCCUACAGUCCCUUGAGUCCGUCCGUGGGUCCCUCCACACACCCCACCUCCAAUGGCACCCUCCUUUACUGGAGUGAUCUGAGCAAGACUUUAGCGUUUGCGUGGGAGCUCCAUGUCUAUGGGUCAGCCAGUCUCUUCCUCCUGCUGUUUGCUGGAGCUGCUCUUGGCCUCAUCCUGUCUCCGGCUGCGUGCUGUCCUCAUCGAGGAGCUCUUGGUCUCGCCAAUGCAUUCCUGUUUCUAGCCGGGGGUCUCAGAGGAGCUCUCUUUGUCAUCGACCCUUAUGGAACUCGCAAAAUCCUCCCACACCAGGCAGUAGCUGCAAUCUACAACCUACCCCUGCACCUGCUGGUGUGGACACAAGCCGCCCUGGCUAUACUGGCCCUGAGGGCUGCCGGAGUGAGUGUUUUGCCCUCAACCCUUGAGCGCCCCCCUCUAAUCGCAGUGUUGGCAGUGCUGCAGUGCACCCUGCUGCUGGCGGCAGACCUCUUUUCUCCAGCCUUGUCUCCACUUGUCCCUGUCACACUGCAGGUCCUGUCUCUAUGCUGGGGUCUGGGUCUCUGCUUCGGAUACCUCUGCUGUGUCUUUCCUCGAACACGCUGCCCACCCAUUCCUCGUCCUGAUGUGAAAGUUUGGACAGGAAACAGAAGGGUCGGGGUGAUUUUGGGAAGAGUGCUAGCAGUGUGCGCAAUUUUUGGGGUCUUGUGUUGUGGACUUCAUGUCCACGCCACGCUGUGGCUCUAUGGACUUCUUGGGGACUGGACACGCUUCAACUGGGGAUGGUGGCUGGUUCACUUCUGGGCCCGACUUCUUGAGCUGGCCUGGGGAUUCUGUCUUCUUCUGAUGGGUUCCUGGGUGCUGUGGAGACCUCAAAGUUGCCGUGCAGGAGAGGAGGGCAGAGCGGGACCUGGCAGAACCGGAGAUGUGCCAUCACCAGGCCAGUCUGUCGGCUCUGCUCAGCGUCAUACCUGCUGGUCCAAGAUUGUCCAAAGCUUGAGAGGAAAGCCCUGCAGAAAGUCUGAGAGUAAUGGUGUCGGAGGGGGAGCAGGAGGAGCUGGAGGACCUGGGGAGGUCCCUAACAACUGGGCUGGCCAAGAACGAGCUGGAGCUGACAUCAGCAAGAGUCUGAUCCGGAAUGAAAAUCACCAGCAUCCCACGGCUGUCCCUCGAUGUGUGAAAGAUAGCAACCGCGGGCGCAACCGGAGGGGGCGCUCAGCAGAACGUGGAGUGUCCGAUGGCUCCACGGGCUCCCUGCUUAGACUGCAGGCCCUCAGUCGAGCCCCGCAACAUUCGGUGAGCGGCAGUCUGGAACAGGAUCGAGACACUACUGUGUCCUUGUAUGACUUUGAUCUCCGCCCCCCCUCUCCCAUUGACCUCACCCGCAGCAUUGACGAAGCCCUGCAUAGAGAGCACCUACUGGAGGGUGGGAGCCUCUUCCACCCUUUAAACCACCCCUCACAGUCGCCCUCGCCGGGUUCUGGGGUGAGCCACGGACCCUGGCAUCGCAGGAACAGUGAUCCUCAGCUUUCAGAAAGCAGUGAAGUCCCAACUGAGUCCUCUAUGCCUUUAGGGGGCAGUGUUCUCAGCAGCGUUCCCAGCAGACAGGUCACUGCCCCGCCAACACCCUCCCACCAGAGUCACAGGUGGAGCGGACAGGGAAUGGGAAGCGUCCCCUCCUCAGUGUCCUGCCCCGUGUCGCUUCGACCCUCCAGAACAUCAACAGGCCACCUGGUGGACGACGGCAUGGACGACACGCGUCCGUUCAUCACGCCAGACUCGGACAGGAUUUGCGGUCAACCAGCAAAGCCUGCAGGAUCACGUAGCUACCUUGAGGUCAGUCGCCAUGAUGACUCAAGCAGUGAAAUCAUCCACUUAUGAUUCAUAAUGUCACGAGGACCAACGUCACACCUAAAACGGAAAUUGUCCGAUCCUUGAGACGAUCAAAGAAACCAGGUGAUAAACUAAUAUCGCCUUGUUGCCUUGGACUAUUUUCAAGGGAUCAACUGAGAACCUUUUACUCUGAGAGUAAAACUGCACAUGACAAAGCACACAAUUAACGUUGAAGACACUGGGUCAAACAUACAUUUUAGCUCAGUGAUUUCUUUUAUGAAGAAAAUUCCAGCUUUAAUUUGAGUAGAACAAUUAGUUUCCCUGGUGUAUCUUCUGCUCUUGGUGUUGCACAUAUGCCCUGAAAUCAUGCUUCUGCCACCAUGUGCCCCCUCAAAAAGCAAUUAUGAAUAAGAAACCCAGCUGUUUCCUGGGUCCCUUGCUUAUGCUUAUAUUGAGAAAACAAUCUAUUAAGUCAAAGUAAAUCUGCAGCGGCAGGAGCUUGAACACACCAACAGGCACCACUCUUCUUUGUACUUCUGCAAAGCAUCAUUGUGCUUUUGUAUAGUUGACCUGAUGUUGCUGGACUUGCAUUUGUGAUGUAAAAAUGUGCCAUACAGUUUUGUUCCGACUCUCGUAGUGACUGACCAGGAGAUUUCUAGCUCUGUAUAUGCUGCUGCUGUUGCUGUGCAAUCGGCCGUGUGUGUUGGUGUCACAAGACAGGAGGCAAACGUAGCUGUGAGCAGCAUAUGAAAUCAUUAUCCAGAGACGAAUGCCUUUCUUCUCAUCUGCUUAUGAUUUAGGAUACAGCUUCAAAGUGUUGAGAAUAUAUCACACAGAUUCUCCUUAACUAGUACCAAAUAAAUGCUACACAGCUUUGCAAGGUUACGACAACUGGCUUGGCAUGAACUCAAUAUACAGGACUGACAUAGGUAUUCAAGCACUUAACGAUACGCCUGAACUCUAGCAUUUUACCGCUCAAGAGGGCAGCAUCUUAAACUCUGUACAACAUAUGUAAAUACUAUUGUUUUUAAUGUCAUUGAGGCCAUGUGAGUUUAUGAUUUGUGAUUGUUGCUACUGUGAAAGACAAUCCAGAGUGGUAUUUUUGCUUGAACAUGUUUUGUACUUUUUUUUUUUCCAGUUCCUCAUGGGUGGUCAGUGGAUUGAACAUUUCAAUGUCAUUCUAACAUUUCAUUCUGUUUUUCGUCACCAAAACUGGUAUUGUGAAGUAGUUCUGGAACUUGACAUUUUUAUUUCAUAUUGACACUAAUAUGUUAAAGCAGCACUACACAUUUAUGACAGUGAAAUUAACUUCUACAAGUAAUGUCUUCUUUAAUUGAGUGAUUCAUGAACAUCUGAUUAAAAAAAAUUAGAUCAUCACGACAUUAUUUGGUAUUUCAAACAGAAGGAUCAGCCCGAAUUCAUUUUAGUGGAAAAUUAU